GAGCUCCUUACAGUGCAAGUUUCGUCCUGUGUGUGAAUCGGGUGUUUUCUCUGUAUUUGGAACUCACGUGUCACGCCAGCGAUGGACGGCACGCCCAAGUUCGGAGGGGUCGACUACGCCGUGUUAGCAGCGAUGUUGUCCGUGUCGUCGGGCAUCGGACUGUUCUUCGCGUGGCGUGACCGACGCGAUCAGUCGAACCAGUCGUUCCUGUUGGGCAACCGGCAGCUGGGCCUCGUGCCCGUCUCGCUGUCCAUGAUGGCCAGCCUACAGUCGGCGACAACGGUGCUCGGAUACCCCUCCGAGAUGUACUACAGGGGCACGCAGUUCUGGGUAGCCAUCUUCGGACUGGCCAUCUCCAACAUCAUAGCGGCCGAGGUCUUUCUCCCCGUGUUCUACAGGCUCAAGCUGACCAGCGUCAACUCGUAUUUGGAAAGGAGGUUCAACUCGACCGCUGUGCGGCUCCUCGGUUCGCUGUCAUUCAUCGUCAACACGAUGCUGUAUAUGGGAGUAGUGCUGUAUGGACCAUCGUUGGCCUUGGAGUCAGUGACUGGGCUUCCUGUGUGGUCGUCAAUCAUGGUUAUCGGUUUGAUCUGCACAUUGUACACUUCGCUGGGUGGCAUGAAGGCUGUGGUGUGGACGGACACCUUCCAGAUGACGGUCAUGCUGCUAGGCAUGCUAGGCGUCGUCAUGUGGGGUGCCGCGAAAGCUGGUGGUUUCGGCGAAGUCUGGGCAACAGCCGUCAGUGGAGGUCGCGUCCAGUUCCUGAACACGCAGCUGGACAUCCACCAUUCGGGCUCCCUAUGGACCGUGUUGUUCGGCACCACUUUUGUCUGGCUCGCCUCGUACGGCACCAGCCAGACGCAAGUACAGCGCUUCUGCAGCGUCUCGAGUCUCAAGAAAGCCAAGGCGGCUAUAUACAUAAACAUCCCGGGUGUCAUGAUUAACAUCAGCCUAAGCUGCCUGGCGGGCUUGGUGAUCUACGCACAUUACGUCGACUGCGACCCUCUCAAGGCCGGCAAGAUAUCCAACCCGGACCAGCUGGUGCCCUACUUCGUGAUGAAGACUAUGAACGCCGUGCCCGGUCUUCCUGGCCUCUUCGUGGCGUGCGUCUUCAGCAGCGCUCUCAGCACGCUGUCUUCAGGUUUCAACUCGCUGGCCGCCGUCACGUGGGAGGACUUCCUCGUUCGCCACCUCCACCUCACCUCUCGACAGGAGGCUUUCGUCACCAAGCUCGUAGCCGCCCUCUACGGAUUGCUGACCAUUGGCCUAGCCUUUGUUGCCGGCUCGGUGGGAUCAAUCCUCAAAGCAGCCUUCGCAAUGUCUGGUGCUCUGUCUGGCCCUUUACUUGGAGUCUUUACGAUGGGACUGCUACUUCCGUUAAGCAAUAAAAAGGGCGCCCUGGUUGGCCUGCUAUUAGGCGAGGCCAUGUGCUUGUGGGUGGUGAUAGGGGGUCUCAUCUACGGCUCGCCCAGCGAAGACCUCCCGACCUCCGUCGAAGGGUGUGAAGACGCAGCGUCACUUCCUGCCCUCAGCGGUCACUUCAACGCAUCCAUGCACCGGUCGCCACUGGAGCCACAGGGACUUCUCAAACUCUACCGGCUGUCCCAUUUGUUUGUUCCCGUGCUAGGAUUCGGCGUCACUAUGACGACGGGCAUCAUUCUCAGCAUCCUCACAGGCGGUAGUGGACGCACGAAAGACUCCGACCUCUACGUCAAGUGCGUCGCUAAGCGAAUGAUGGAGUGCGAGGAACACGCACAGCAAUUGGACGACCUGAAGGUCGUACCUCAGCAGCAAGGCGACGCGGCAUAAAGCCUGGCACCAGCGAAAGCAAUCGACUGAAGAACGGCCGCUACUGAAUUGUGCAGAAUCGAAUUUCCAGCACGCACUCGCCGCUGCUGCAUCUAACGCGGUCGGCUUGCAUUUUCAUCAUACGAGUUUCGUGACCAACGGCAUUUCAAUACUUCGACAACUCAAAGACAAAACAAAUUUGUAAAAAACGAAGUGUACACACUAUGACGACACCAAUAUGCGGUGGAGCAGUAGCUGUCAUCUAUAUUGCCGCAAGGAAAGUUUCAUGCUGACGUACAUUUCCAACACGGAAGUGUUUUAUGCCGGGGUUGACCAGGAGUUCAGUGGCGUAUUUCCACCACGGAAAGACGUCGAAAAUACGCACGAUCAUAAGACAAAAUUUUCGUCAAGAGAGGUCGAACCCGUGACCACUGGGUUUGCGACGACACAUGCCGGGCACGCUAUCCACUGCGCUAUUGCCACAUGCUUUGUAGGCUUUAAAAAAUCACGGCUUUUAUACCUACCACUGUCAUCUCGCAGCGUUCAUAGUAAAGUUCAGUAAUUCAUCAUGACCAUGGAAUCCACGAUAAGUUCCUUCAACGCGUCGUUUCUAAGCGUGCGUCUCAUUCGGCACGUUUCCAAUGGAAGUGCAUUUUUGUCAAACCCCAUAAAAAACCCCAGGUGGCGACCUUAUUCCAAGCGUCCGCAUCGCCCAUAGGAUCCAUCCAUACCAAAAAUAGCUCGGCGACGACCACCGGCCUCGCCUAGCUUCAACUCCACGUUGCCCUCUUGCUCUAUCACUCUUAGCGAAUAAUCGUGGCCGGCCAGAGGGAAUUACGUGCGUUGCGUUUCUCUCUAGCCUGGCUGUGUUGUAAUAACUCCAACGUACCGCCAGUAUAUAGACGACCUUAGCCCAAGUUCACCGUCCAAUCACUCGCGCUUUUCUGGCUGUCACAUCACUUUCUCUGGUUCAGCUCUCACCGUUAACUAGUAUACACAGCUACCAAAAGCGUCUGCCACCGCAAGGGUUUGUUUAAUCAGAAACGAAUGAUGGGCGUUGGUCGUCGGGUUGCAGUUGUACGACUAAGUGCCAACGCGGAUGCAUCCGCGUUAAGCUGUGCUGUGCUAUAGCUGUCAAACACCAUCAGGCACUGCGCAAGCUGUCUUAUAUCAAAUGUACAGUAAACAUUAAAAUACCUUUGUAAGGACUUGUUUAAUUUUGUGUUUUUGCCUAUUCCUAUG